AUGUGGCGCCGCCUCCAAACCCUAGCCCCCGCCCUCCACCGCGCUGCCGCCGCAGCCGGCGCGGCCCCCUCCCCGGCCAGCGCCCGGGCCGCUCCCCUCUCCACGGCGGUCGCGGCCUUCCGCCGCACUGGGCCCCUCCUCUCUGCGGACAAGCCGGCGGCGGCAGGGACGAGUGUGGAGGACGUCAUGCCCAUAGCCACGGGGUUGGAGCGCGAGGAGCUCGAGGCGGAGCUCCAGGGGAAGAAGCGCUUCGACAUGGAUCCUCCUGUCGGUCCCUUCGGUACCAAGGAGGCACCAGCCGUCAUUGAGUCCUAUUUUGACAAGAGAAUAGUAGGUUGCCCUGGUGAUGAAGGAGAGGAUGAGCAUGACGUCAUAUGGUUCUGGUUGAAAAAAGAUGAGCCACAUGAAUGCCCAGUCUGCUCACAAUACUUUGUGCUUAAGGUCAUUGGUGAUGGUGGAAAUCCAGAUGGGCAUGAUGAUGAUGAUGAUGGCGCCCGCGGUGUCCGUCGAGAGUACGGCCGGACCUAUGUGGUGAGGCCCAAGGGGAGGCACCUGGCCACCAUUGUCUGGCUCCACGGCAUAGGCGACAACGGAAACAGCUGGUCCCAGGUGCUGGGCAAUCUCCCGUUGGAUAAUGUCAAAUGGAUUUGCCCUACUGCGCCAACGCGGCCCGUAGCGGCCUUCGGUGGAUUCCCAUGUACUGCAUGGUUCGAUGUGGAGGAGACUUCGGUUGACGGCCCCGACGACGUCCAAGGGCUGGACGCAUCCGCCGCACACAUAGCAAACCUGCUAUCGUCCGAGCCCUCUGAUGUGAGGCUUGGGAUAGGCGGUUUCAGCAUGGGAGCCGCCACUGCGCUCCACUCUGCCGCAUGUUAUGCUCAUGGAAGGUUCUCAAACGGUGUUGCCUACCCUAUUACCCUCAGCGCUAUCAUUGGGUUGAGCGGCUGGCUUCCCUGCUCCAGGACCCUGAGGACCAAGAUUGAGAGCUCACAGACUGCUUUCAGGAGGGCUGCUGCCUUGCCGAUAAUGCUUGGCCAUGGAAGAGGCGACGAGGUAGUCACGUACAGGAACGGCGAGAGGUCGUCCGAGUUUCUGCGGAAUUCGGGCUUUUCGUACCUGAAUUUCAAAGCCUACAACGGACUGGGCCAUCACACCAUCCCUGAGGAAAUGGACGAUGUCUCCAAGUGGCUCAGGGCAAGGCUCGGGCUUGAUCGCUCUUGCGGCUAA